CUGAGUGGUGUCACCCGCAUGUCAGUGUUGCCAUGAAUAUUUCAGAGGCUUGCUGAUGUCGACGGCAGCAGUAAAGAAGCUAUAAAGAGGGAGUUCUUUCUCUGUACAGCAGACCCCCAAUCCUUCCAGACAUCCACCCACGGAAGGAAAGGACUCCUCCCGUCUGUGUUUCAGCACCAUGGUCAGCGCACGGGUUCUCCUCCUCGCGGCCACCUGCUGCUGCGCCUACCUGUGGCGCGCUCGCGCAGAGGACUCCUCACUGGAGACGCGCUCGUUGGAUUUCCCGCUGAAAAACCAACAGGAGAAAGAUCUGAUCGAUGCGUUGCAAGAAGUUCUGGAGAAGCUGAGGAGCAAAGAGAUGCCCCUGGAGAAAAAGCUUGGCUGGUUGCCUUCGUGUGAUGCAGGAGAGCCAUGCGCCGUGCGUAAAGGCGCGCGGAUUGGCACGCUGUGCAGCUGCCCCCGGGGGACUUCCUGUAACUUUUAUGUUCUUAAAUGUUUGUGAAAGAAGAAAAAAGAAUUUCAAGAAAGGACAGGAGAGAGUUCAGGGGUGUGGAAUGACAAGAAUAUGUCCCGUCUUUAUGAUGUAAACAUGGCAGGGAGGGCUGCCAUAACUGUUGUCAUUCUCUUUGAGAUGAGAAUUAAAAAAUAAUGUAUGUCAUUAAUAAAGGAUGUUUUUAUUUUGUAAACGUGGACUGGAAGUUAGAAUAUGUUUGGAAUAUGUUCAGUGGUUUCUCUGCGUCUCUCUUUGUCCUUUGUCAAUGUGUGUGAUCGUGGGACGGGUGAAGUUAUUCGUGUAGGAUCGUGGCAUUUUGAAUGUGGUUUUUGUCACAAAUCCUUGUUUUUUUCUCGUUCAUAUUUCUGUUUUUCCUCGUCGUUGUGUUUGUUUGGACUAUAGUUUGUGGUUUCUGAAAACAUUUGUAAGACAAUAAGAUCAAUAAAUGAACCUUUGAAUUGAA